AUGGAUAUGAAACCUGAGAAUGAUUGUGCUUGGAAGCCAAAACAUGGAAUGACAGUUGAUUUUGAACAAAGUGUGUAUGAUUUUUAUAAUACAUAUGGAGGAAGAAUGGGGUUUAGCAUAAGAAAAGAUUAUUAUACGAAGAACAAGUUCACUAACCAACUUAUUUGUAGACUUUUGGUUUGCAACAAGGAGGGAUUUCGGAAGGUUGACAAACGAGACCCAUUGGCAAAAAACCAUAGAGCUGAAAAUAGAACCGGUUGUGAGGCUCAACUUUAUGUUAAAUUAGAUGAGGGUACUAGAAAAUUUGUUGUGACUGAUUUCACAGAAAAACGUAACCAUGAUCUUGUAUCACCCGAGUGUGCCCACAUGUUGCCGUCACAAAGAAAGAUAUCGACUACCCAAGCAAUUGAGUUAGAUUUGGCGGCACAAUAUGGUCUUCGUUUAGGCCAGUCUUUUGAACUCAUGGGUAGGAAGCUGGUGGGAGGCAAUGUCUUAGGUUUACAAAAUUAG